AAAAACUAAAAAUCCAGAGCUGCAGCGCCUCCCCUCCUCGCUGCAUUUGUCUUCUCCCGCACCACGCACCUCCCCUCGUGACGAGCUCCCCCUCCCCCUGCGAAGAACUUCUCCAUCCGCGACGCGCAGCUCCAUUGCCGACCUGCAGCUCCCCUGCACGUCUCUUUCAUCCUAAGUCUCCUCCACCGUCGCGAUCCUUCUUCGUCUAAGUUUUAGGUUUUCAAAUCAAUUUGAAGUCCCGGGAACCGGAGUUGAGUGAAUUGGUAUAUGAAUUGCGAAAAGCUCAGCAAUCCAAGCAUGCAUAAGAAGAAGAAGCUGAAGCACACAGUGAAAAAAGCAAAAGAGCAAUCGAUCAUGGAGAAUAAGAAUCAGAAUGACAAGAGCAAGAGCAUUCACGACAUCCUUCCUCUUGACCUGAUUCACAUAAUCCUUCUGCGGGUGCCGAUCAGACAUCUGGCUCGCCUCAGAGGCUUUAUUCUCUUGCAUCGACACCCACAUUUUCUUGUGGUAUGGAACCCACUCACUGGAUCCAGCAAAAGAAUAUCCUAUUCUCAUAUUGUUCAUCGGAGUAAGCCCCCUGGCCCUAGGACCGGCUACAAUGUGUAUCUGCAUGGAUUUGGUUAUGAUGCAUCACAGGAUGAUUACUUACUACUUUUAGCUUGGUGCGAUUGCGAAGGACAAUAUCAUUUGGAUUACUUUUCCUUGAGAACCAAUUCAUGGAUUAAUCUUGAUGCUGCUGUCCCCAAACACUUGGGUAUUCAACUCUUGGGUUUUCGUUCCUGGCAUUCUGGUGGGUUGUUCUUUAAUGGCACUGUUCAUUGGGUGCCUUGGGAUCUUAAAGAUUACAGGGAUGCUAUUAUUAUCUUUGAUCUCAUGGAGAUGACUUUUUCAACUAUAUCUGCGCCGGAACAACUGUCAUGCUCCUUUCCAAGUCUUGUCCUACUCGGAGGCUGCCUAGCUUUGUAUUCUCGCAAUGAUGAUUGCCGUAACACUGACAUAUGGGUGAUGAAAGAAUAUAAAGUGCACUCAUCUUGGACUCUCUAUCGGAUUCCUUGCAAGGACUUCCGGCCUCUGUGCUUAUCUAGUAAUAGGGAUAUUAUUGGAAGAGGCUAUACUUCCCGUGGUAAAACUGGGUACUUCAUAUAUAAUGUCCGAGGAGACCUGCUUAAGCAUUUUAAAAGUCUGUGUUGUCAGCUUCCCUACCGUGAACGCAAUAAUGUGUAUACAGAGAGUCUCUUGCCACUCCCCACUCCCAGUGACAUUAAGGAUAAGGAUAACAAGAAGAAGAUGAAGAAGGAAAUCAGUAUGUAACCAUUUUUAUAUGCUUUGCACGAAGCUAUUCCUGGUAGUUUUCAUUGCAUUUUGCGCAAGUUCCAAUCAGAUGUGACUUUUGUUUUUGGAUGCUGAAAUUUGAAUUUAUCAAUGCUUAGGAAUCAUUGAUCACGGUCUUGCUUCCUGUAAUCAUUUUUUUAUGCUUGAAUUUUCAUGUCUGAAACUGCCUUUUAACUGAAUAAUCGGAAAAAAAAACUUGGUCUUUUACCUGAGUUUUUUUUUUCGGCCAUCAAGUUCACCCUGAAUAUUUUGAACAACCUGAUGUUGCUUAAAGGUUAGCAUCAAACAGAGAAAGAGAAUUAGGAGCCAACGUACAAGUGAAGAGCUUGACACAUGGGGAAAAAGAAGAUUUGAAAAGUGCAAAUGAAGUUUAGUUGGUUAUGCAAAACUUUAGAUGUUUAUUUUUUAGUUGGUUAUGGCAUACUUUAGAUGCUUUAUUUUGCAGAUUGCAUAAUGUACUUUUCUUUUAUCAUGUCAAAACCUUAUGAAUCCAAUCGUAGAAGUUUUAAUUGUAGAUUCUUUUGGGGAUAAUAUGUUUCUCCUGCAAACUUGAGAUGCUAGGUGUGGAGUCUGGUGAAUUUGUCAAAUGAAUCUCUUGUAAAAUUUCUGCUUAUCUUUGUUUUAUCGAGCAAUAUAUGCUUAUUUUAUUAA